GUCACUGUAGUCUAUCAGUGAAACGUCCAGUUAUCUACACCUGAUGAGAACAUAGACAAACAGAGAGGUUUAAAGGCUUCUCCUGAUUUUGUUUAGUAUUGCUGGGACAGCCCACUCAGGGUUUUGUGUUUUUUGGACUCACAUGUGAAGAAAGGCUGUAAGCCAAGCUUGUAGGAGCUCAGUGAGGCAAACACCAGAUGUUACUGGACCUGACAAGGGGAUUAUAAGAUAGCAACACAGGUAGUGUCGAAGACGUGACACAGGAAAAGACGCCAACGUGGUGGAAUUUAUGAUCCACAAACCCAAGCUGCCGGUAAAUAUUUGACAGACGGCAGCUGAGAGGAGAGAGGACUUCAGACAGAACCACGACACUGAAUGUGCCGCAGGAGCCCUAAUUUAUCCUUUUUGAGUUGUUCCACCAAACUUUUUGACUUCAGUCAUGUCAGAGGACAAAGAGCUGUCCUUCAGUGAUGCCAUCAAGAAGGCAAGCAGCUCCUUCACUCGCUUCCCCCUCAUCCCAGUAAAAGGGAUUCCCCUCAUGAACCACAUCACUAACAACUACGACGCCGUCGCAGCUUUUUGUCCUGAUCCUUCAGACCUCCUCAUCGCCACGUACCCCAAAGCAGGUACAACAUGGACCCAGGAGAUAGUGGAUCUGCUUCUUCACAAUGGAGAUGCUGAGAUCUGUAAAAGAGCCCCCAUACCGGUACGGAGUCCUUUUCUGGAGAUCUGCUCCCCACCACCCAUCCCUUCAGGUCUUGAUCUCCUGAAGAAGACAGACCCCCCAAGGAUUAUUAAGACACAUCUACCAUUUCAACUAGUUCCCACAGGGUUUUGGGAAAACAAGUGCAAAGUGAUCUAUGUGGCACGCAAUGCUAAGGACAACCUGGUGAGCUACUUCCACUUUGAUCAGAUGAACCUGACCCAGCCUGAUCCUGGACCAUGGGAGGGCUACAUUCACAAGUUCAUGCGUGGAGAAUUGGCAUGGGGCUCUUGGUAUGAUCAUGUCAAAGGUUAUUGGAAGGAACAAGAAAAGAGGAACAUCCUUUACCUCUUCUAUGAGGACAUGAAAGCGAACCCUCGGCGUGAAGUGGAGCGCAUCAUGAGGUACCUGGACUUGUCCCUCUCUGAUGAUGUCAUCAGCCGCAUUGUAGAGCUGACGUCCUUCAAGAAAAUGAAAGAAAACCCGAUGGCCAACUACACUUUCAUUCCCCAUCCAGUUUUUGACCAGUCCAUCUCUGCCUUCAUGAGAAAAGGAGAAGUUGGUGAUUGGAAGAACUAUUUUACGCCAGAGCAGUCUGCAGAGUUUGAUGAGGAUUAUGAGAAGAAAAUGAAGAACGUCAACAUACCAUUCAGAACACAGUUGUAAAUCGUCUAGCUGGAGUUACUUCCCAAUAUUUACUACAACUUACUACAACGUAAAGUCCCAAUAGAACCAAAUAAUGUUUAAAUAUUCAGGGUAUGAGACUGUUUGUUUAGUGGCGUGUAGACGCUAGUCUAUUGCUAGUCUAUAAGUGCUAGCUCAACAUGCUAUGGUUUGCGGUCGUGAAGGGUCAGCUUCUUUCGGUUUGAUAUAGCGGCAGACAACCGCCCGGCAGACAACCGCCCGGCACCCAAGUUGAUAUGUGCAUUACCGCCACCUUCCGGAUUUGGAAUCUAGUACAGUAGUUUGACAGGUUGCAAAGGCUUCUUGCUAUUAAGGGAAUUAAAGAAACAACAUCUUAUAAAGAAUAUUCAGCCAUCCAUCCAUUUUGUAUGCCGCUUGUCCCCACUGGGGUCGCAGAGGUAUGCUGGAGCCUACUUUAAAGAAUAUUUACCAGAAAACCCUGUCAUGUAUGUAUUGAUUUGUAAUGUAUGUAUUUUAAUAAUUAUAUAAAUGACUUCUAUGCACAAUACAAUAAAUGUAAUCACUUUACUAGUGGACUCACAUACAUGAGCAAUUAAGAAUUUGUGGCCUGCAAAUUUGAGGAUUAUUGGUCAAAACCAAUAAUAGGCCACAAGGAGAACAUCAGUGUCAAGUUAGCAGGAGGAGUUUGGGGUUUGGAGGGCGAGUGAACCAUGUGAAAAGAAGGAAUUUAUUGAAAAUGUUGCUUUUACUUUUAUUAUUUUCUGCUGUGUCUGCCAGUGUUUCUGCCUUAACAAGUGCAGUGUUUAGUAUAAACAAUGCUUAAUUUGGGAAAUU